UCCCAAUGACAGAACAAACUCCUAGUAACAAAACAAACUCCCAGUAACAAAACAAAAACUCACAGUACCUAAACAAACUCCCAUUGAACAAUAUCCCUGACCAAAUAUAUAAGAAGUCAAUGUAAAUUGUUUUAGGUGUCAUUCCACAUCUCAAUACUCAUGCUGACGAAUCUAUACAAACCAGGACAGAAAUAAUCUGAAUCACAUAAUCUAAUGCAGUCAUGCAUUAUGAUGAUAGGUACGACGGGAAAAUCACUUCCUCUUUCUCACCUAGUCAGUUUAUUUUCAAAGAUGUCAGGAAGACAUUUAUAUAAAUAUCUUUUCUACACCAAAUAUGUAAUAAAAAAAAACAUGGAAUAUGCAACAGACCGAACACAGUCAAUAAUUCAUUUCUAAAUUAACAUGUGAAAAAUUGUUAGGAUGUUGAUACUCAUUACUCCGUUCUUGUGAUAAGCUUUAACAUGCUCUCAAUCUUAAGUACACGUCUUUUUUCGGUUGGCUAUAUAUUUCCCUUUUAUACUGACUACUUCCUGAAUUGAAAUCACAACGCAAGAUGGAUAACAACGGAUGUAUAUACAUACUUUGUGUUCUCUGGGCAUUUCGAUAUUCAGAUGCGUUUCCCGACUGCUGCCAUGUCACAAUUGUACCAGGAGAGAGUCACGUGACGUGUUCAGGAUGUCGUCUGCUUGUUGUACCCCAAGAUUUACCGACCGACACAACUGUGAUGAAUUUGUGUGACAACAAUCUAAAUAUUCUACAUCAAGGCUCAUUUCCAAAGCUACCACAAUUAAAAGUGUUACAUCUUCAAAGAAACCAGCUAGUUAGUAUCUCGUCCGGAACAUUCGAUAACCUUCGGAAUAUUGAGUAUCUUGAUCUCUCGGUCAACAAACUUGAUCAACUCUCAAUGGAUUCUACCAUUUUCCAAUUUCUGAAAAAACUAAAAACAUUAAAAAUUCAAGGAAACAAUUUCCAUUUGAAUAAAGUCUAUCCCGAGUUGGUUUUGUCGACCAUAUCUAACAUUGAAAUUCUUUUUAUGGAUAUUUUCGAAGGAUUUUUCUUUGGUGAUGCAUUUUUAAACCUAACUCGGCUACAAAAAUUAUAUCUUUCUUCUACGAGAAAAGAUGGCGUGUCUUUGUUUAAUACGUCAUUCCAUGGUCUCCAGCGAUCGAACAUUACAGAACUACACAUAACCGCAUUUAUCCGAAACAUAGAGAACAACUUUCUUUCUCCAUUUGACAAUCUUACGACCUUAAGUCUAAACAAUUAUGGUUUGGCCUUGACUAUCCGUGAUGCUCUUCGGGCACUGUACGGAAUACAAGGAAGAGUGAUGGAUUCACUAGCAAUAAUUGGAUUUCGACAAAAAUUUACCGAAGGUGUGGAUCUGUUAGAGUCAGACAUGCUCUACCUCAGAACUAUAUGUGUUAAAAGCAUAACCCUGGAGAAUGAUGCAAUAGGAGCAUUAAGUUUUGGUUUUGUGAAGACUUGGAGUAGUAGGAUAUGCCUUGAGGUAUUAGACCUUUCUUCUAAUCAGGUUUAUUUUCCACAAUUUAUUUCUCUUUUGGCACUUUUUCCAGCAUUAACUCAUCUCGAUCUUUCUUAUGCGACUGAACCGUCAGUCGGUAAACGAAGUACUUUAGCUGCCAGAGAAACGACACUAUUUCUCCCCAGACAUCUGAUUUACCUCAAUUUGUCACAUACUGGUUUCUCAGGAUCAUUGAUUAACGUUACAAUUGCUGAAGCUAACAAUCUUCAAGUGGUUGAUGUAAGUCAUUCAUACAAAUCUCCAUCGUGUUCUUAUGGACUGAUAAAGGGCCUUGUCCAUUUGGUGGAGCUCGACAUGUCCGAUAUCGACUGUUCAAAUCCAAAUCCUCGUAUGUUGGCUGAGUGUCCGAAUCUAUCGCGACUCACUGCUAGGCAAUGUAAUCUCGGAAAAGUCCUUGCCACAAAUAGUUCACUGUUCAAAGGAUUGUAUAACCUUUCUUUCGUAGACAUUUCUUUAAAUAACCUCAAUAGUCUCAAGAAUAACUUGUUUGAGGAUCAGAAAGUAUCUCUUAAAUAUUUAGUUCUGGCUGGAAACAACAUGGAUCAAAUUCCUUAUCAAAUGCUAAAGGAUCUUGCUGUCCUAGAGAGGAUUGAUCUGAGUAAUAAUGCUAUUUCAACAUUAAAGAAAUCAGAAUAUCACGUAUUGGAUGAAUUGAAUUCUAAAUCAGGCAAUUUCCAAAUUGUGCUGUCUGGGAAUCCAUUAGUGUGCGGCUGCAAAUAUUUGGACUUCAUUUCGUGGAUAGAAACAACACAGCUUAUAUACAAGAAGCACGACCUUGUGUGUUUAAAUCCAGAGGGCAGAUACAUGAAGAUAGGUGAAUUCCUAAAAUCUUUUGAUGAAUUCAAAGACAGCUGUGUUUCUCAGUUUUGGUUAAUCACAUCCGCUAUUCUGACAUUGAUCUUCUUUGUGUUUGGUGUCCUAACCCGAGAGGCAUGGCGACGCAGUGUGUGGUUACGACUCGUGUGCCGUCAACCUUUAGAACAUACGACAUUUACAAAUGACAUUUAUAUAUGUUAUUGUAAUGAAGAUUAUAAAUGGAUAAAAAACAUAUUCGCACCCUGGUUAGAUGAGAACGGUAUUGAAUUUUGUUGUGAGGAUAAAAGCUUCACACCUGGCCGUGACAUCGCGGACAACAUUAUGAAUGCCAUAGAUUGUUCACGUAAAACUGUAUUUGUUGUUAGCUGUAAUUUUUUGAAACAUGUAUACACAACGUUCACUUUGAGAUUAACCAACGAAUAUUCAUAUCGCGAUGGUCGAGAGAACAUGAACCUGAUUAUUUUGUUAGACGACAUAAAAAGGAGCGAAUUCCCAAAGCUCGUACGAAAGAACUGGGAUGCAAUACGUCCCUUACGUUGGCCUAACGAAAGCAAUACUACAGCUUAUGGAAAAUUAACCAACGCCAAGGACUUGUUUUGGAAAAGACUCUUAAAACGUAUCCGACGAGGAAAUGGUCAAUUGUCACCACAAGUCGCCGAGUCAACCUUUAUUAGUCUAUAGACAGAAACUAACUUCAGCAAUGAUUUUAAAUAUCCGUCACAGUAAAAGUAAAAUGCGUUCAAGUUUGGAACAGAUUGAGAUGAGACGUUUUCAUCCUUUUAUCAAGCUGAAUGGGAAUAAUGGAAAUCGUUCACUUCUGUAGGUGUAGACACCUUCGGUCCAUCGCAAAUCGUCAACUUGUACAAACGAUGGGAAAUCCUGUGUACUUGCCUAACAUCGGCAUCAGUUCACAUAGAGAUGGUUCAAGAGAUGGGCAAUUCUCCAUUCAUUAACGCUAAAUGGCGUUUCAUUUCGUUGCGAGGACCAGUGGAAUUGAUCAGGUCUGACAGAGGGUACGAAUUGGAGCAAUAGACGAUGUGUGUGAAUCAACGCCAUCAACGGUCCAAUCCGCGAAUUCCUCUGCGCCUCUGGCAAAACCUGGAUUUUCAACUUCCACAUUCUUCUCACAUGGGAUAAGUGUGGGAACGCAUGUAGGAUAUUUGAUAAUAUUAUGUUGAAACUAAAGUACUCAACAAUGAAACCUUUCCCAGUCCUUCCAUAAUCCUGACUGGGAAGGACUGACUAUUUAUCUAUUGUUGAGAAGUCUCUGGACGAGAAAGACAUCCAUUGUGCGCAUUGAAAGUACAAGCCGAAAUGUUUGAAGACGUUGGAAGGAUUACGUUCAGUCGUGUUACAAUUGGCAUUCCGAUCAACCCAAUCUGAAAUUGGAUGAUGUUGUUCUACUUCGAGACAAGGAUUCUCGUAAGAACAAUUGGCUGCAGGGCAUCAUCAUGGACAUAGUUGACAGUAAUGACAAAAACGUAGGCAAAAUGAGUGUUAAAGUGAAAUAUUAAUGAAAGAUUGAAAACCUGUAAUAUAGUUACGCUCCGUCAACAAAACGGUUUUCCUCUGUAACUGAUAUAUGGUGUUAAAAUGAUAAGCAUGUAAUCUGGUAACAGUAGAGGUGUAGUGACAUCAGAUAGAUACAAGACGGGGAGUACGAUGGCUCAGUUUAGAGUUUUUUAGUUUUUACUUUUAAUAGGUUUAUCUGUUUUUAUACAUGCUGAAUAUAAUUACAUACAAAUAUACUUCAUUCACUGUUUUUUUAUGAAUAUUAUUUCACAAUGUGUUUUGAGCCUCAGUAAUGUAGUUUUCUGUUUAUUAAUGAUUCAUUAACUGAUUAUACAAAAUGUGACUGCUUAGGAUGAGAGCUUUAAAUACUAACCUUGACAUGAUUAUAACUGGUGAUAUAAAUGUUAACAUGAUUACCUUAUAGCCUCAAUGUCACAAAAGACAAUUGUUUUAUAAUAAAUUGUCUCCCCUUUCCA